UUUAGUUUAUAAUUAAUGUCAGACUAUACACAAGGCUUUUUUUAACUCUAAUCAAUAAGUCACACCUUUAAAAAUAUUAAGAAUGACUACAUUCACACAGAUAAAAAAAAAGAACAAGAAAUGUUUUAUUAAAUGUUCCUUGUUCGAGACGAAGUGAAAUAAAAUUAAUUACUUAGGUACGUACCUGCAAUAAGCAGCCUUCAGAUAAUACUUACCAUGCUUAAUUAAUCUUUUUGCGUAGGUAUGGGUGGUACCUACCCAUUAUCCCCGAUCCCUAUAACCCCUGUCACAAAGUCCAUUACGAAGAAAAAGGCUUUUGUUGCCCCCUACAAAAGAGUAGGUAAUUUAAUACCACUUAUCUUUGACCAGUUAUAAAUAACACAAGGCGGCGUAACUUCUAAGUAUCUAAUGGACCCUUUUAUCCGCCUAUCAAUCAAUUUCUACUAUAUAAGGGAGGAUUUUUUCCCAACACUCUCAGUCUUUUACGAAAACUGGAGAAAGCUGUAGUUAGUCAUGAUAACACGGCCGCUUGUCUUCGUGAUAGUAUGUUUUGGAUUCUUCAUUUUACUUCAAUCGUUGGUACCAAAGGUGAUGGCAUUAAAGAAUUCCAACGUUGACGAGUACAUGCUCGAAGAUCAAAGGACUCGUAAAAGAAAAAACUAUGUCGUGCGAUUGGCUAGAGACAGUGAAAUAUUAGGGAAUUCUGGAAACUUAGGUACGAACUAUGACACAGAUUCUUUUCAACCGGACCCUACGAAUCCUGAAGAGCUGUCGGCAUUUAUCGUGGACUACGCAAACAUGAUACGAAAUGAUGUUAUCCUAUUGGACAAAUCUGUUGAAACGAGGACACGGAAAAGGGGUAACAUUCAAGUUAAGAAGUAUAACAAUCAAGCUCUACCGGAUCCGCCCUGCACAUGUAAUUUUAGCAGAGUUAUAGAAGAUUUUGGUGAAAACACGUAUCCACGUUACGUGGAAACUAGAAAUUGUAGUCAAGCACGACAGUUGGCAUGCCAUCGACCGUAUGUCUGCAGAGAAAACUUUUACAACCUAACAGUAUUAAAAAGACGGGAGUUUCAACAUCAAAUAUCUUCAAUAGACCUACCAUCUGAUUUAAAAUUUCGAUGGAUAGCGGAAUAUCGACCAGUUAGCGUUGGAUGUGUUUGCACCAGAGAUUACUACGACAUUGAAAAAUAACUCUUUAUGAAGAAAAAUCGAGAAGCAGAAAAUCAGAAUGGAAAAUUUCCAAAGGUAUCAGUCAAAUCUGUGAAUAGAGCAAUCCUGGGCAUAUUUUAAAAAUAAAACUGUAGAUCUUA